CCUCCUUUCCUCUUCCUUGGAUCAAAACCUCAAGUUCCGCUGGUGGUGGGGCCCCCUUACGGGUUUACUGCUUCAAAUUAACGAGUUUCAGCACUUGUCGUGAGAGAGAGAGCACAGCCAUGAGCGAGGAUCGACACUUUGAGAAUCCCUAUCCAAAGGACGUCGAAAAGGAUGACCAUAUCUUGGAUUCCACCGGACAAAAGCUGUCUGAGGAGUACACAAGCAAGGUGAGAGCAUCUGUCAAGACAUUGUUGCACAUUCUGGACGUCGGCGUGUCAAAGGGAGAUGAGACCGGCGACUACUCGGUUUAUACGGGACUCAGCGGGCAAGUGCUAUUGUACCUCCGCCUCGCGGAGGUUAUGGAAGAUGAUGCGUACCAGGAGAAAGCGAAGACACUGGCGGACAGGGCGCUCAGCAAGCUCAAGGGUCGCAGGGUCUCCUUCCUGUGCGGUGACAGCGGACCUCUUUCCCUUGGGGCUCUUAUAUACCACAAGAACAACAUAGAAGAGAAAGUCAACAACUAUCUCAAAGGAAUCAAAAAAUUAAAAACCGAUGUAUUGAACAUCAAGUCAGAGCUGCCAGACGAACUCCUCUAUGGAAGAGCUGGGUACCUCUAUUCUCUUCUUUUUAUCCAACAGAAGAUUGGCAAAGAUGCAGUUGAUGAUAAAUUGAUUCGCUCGGUGGUGACGGCAAUGCUAGACUCAGGACGUGCGCUUUCACGCAAGUUGAAGUGCUCGGCGCCUCUCAUGUACCAGUGGCAUGAGAAGCGCUAUCUCGGAGCCGCCCACGGCCUUAUUGGCAUACUCUUCAUGCUUUUACAGGUAAAGGAGCAUCUCACUUCAAAAGAAUUGACGGAGAUGAUUCAGCCAACAAUCGACUACUUGUGCAACUUGCAGUUCAGCUCUGGCAACUUGCCUUCAUCAAUUGGCAAUCCAACCGACCGCCUCGUACAUUGGUGUCACGGGGCCCCUGGAGCCGUAUUCCUUUUUGCUAAAGCCUACCAGGUGUUUGGAAAUACAAGUUAUCUGGAGCACGCCAAGAAAAGUGGGGAGUGCGUGUGGGAGCGCGGCUUGUUGAAGAAGGGUUAUGGUCUCUGUCACGGCUCAGCAGGCAAUGGUUAUGCAUUGCUCUAUCUCUAUCAGGUGACGAAGGAAGCCACAUAUUUGUACAGCUGCACAGUUUGGCAAUUGGUGCCAGGACUACGGCCAGCAUGGUUGUCGCACUCCCGACCGGCCGCUCUCGCUGUUUGAGGGUUUGGCCGGCAACAUACAUUUCCUGGUCGACCUGACCAAUCCCGAUGAGGCGAAGUUCCCGGCAUUUGUUCUGUAGCAAGACACAUGCGACCGAAAAAUUAUAACGCAUUGGGACAUCAGUUUUACGUUUGUUUUCCUUGCAGACGCGUCGAGAGCUUUGUCUGGGUAAUAUUUCAGCGAAGGGAUGUAUUAUUUCCACUGAAGAGGCUGCCUGACAUGAUAUUCCUUUUGUCUUUGGUAAUACAAUAGUCAUUUUUGAUCAUUGUAAAAUUAUUUCGCUAUGUGAAGUAAUAGAUAGUAAGAUAGACAUAUCUUUCUAUAGUGCAUAUAGUGGUUAAUCUUAUUUCUAUUUAUACACAAAUAACUUGUACAGUGGUACCCCGAGUUUCGGCCAUAAUUCGUUCCAGAAGGCCGUUCGAGUGCCGUUAUCAAACAAAUUUGUUCCCAUAAGGAAUAAUGUAAAUUAGAUUAGACCGUUUCAGACCCCCAAAAAUACACUUACAAUAAUACACCUACGUAAUUGUUCGAGUUGGGAACUGUACGAAACUCGGGGUACCACUGUAUAUAGAAGAAACUUGUGACGUUUUGGUCCGAUUUGGACCAUUAACUAGUCACACACUAACACAGGAAGGUAAGGGAGCCAGUUUACAUACCGGCUCCCUUACCUUCGUGUGUUAGUGCACGAUUGGUCAAUGGUUUAAGGUGUAUUGAAAUUUCAUUAUGAGUUUCUCUUAUGUGCAGGUUAUUUAUGUAUUGUUCCAUUCACGGUAUUGUGCCUUUUUUGUUCCUAAUUUCUAUUUCUUUCGUUAAUAUGGGUAUUUCUGUGUUUUAGCUAUGUAUAUGUUAGGAGCUAAUCUGAAUCGUAGAAAUUCUAGCGCUAUGGGAAAACCUCGGCCAUGAUGUAUUGUUGUCGCAGUUGGCCGCAGGUGGCAAAAUUGCUUUAGUUGUCCCCGUUCUCUGCCCCAAGGACCAGUUUGUUAUUUUUCCUUGCUGCAUCGAUCUUAAAAAAGAGUUGUACAUUUAUUUGCUGACCUCUAGUACUCGUAAGGUAUGUGUGAAAACACUUUUGGGCACCCAGAGUCAAGUUCUGAUUAACCUCCAAUAUUUCCGGUACCCGGGACUGUAUCAGUCUUAGUAGAUGAUGUAGAUCUUAGUAGAUGUUAAUAUUCCUUCCGUCAGAGGCAGGUUAGGCUUGGUGCUGUCAUCUGGGCUUACAUGGCAAGGUUCGUGUGCUCCACCAGUGUAUUCACAUCAAUCUCACGAUACAGUUAACUUGAAAAGAGCUAGCACACAUGAUUUAUUUAUCCAUUUAAGUUAGCAUCAUUCUAAGGUAUUAUCCAUUUAAGUUAGCAUGAUUCUAAGGUAUUAUCCAUUUAAGUUAGCAUCACUUUAAUGUAUUAUCCAUUUAAGUUAGCAUCAUUCUAAGGUAUUAUCCAUUUAAGUUAGCAUCAUUCUAAGGUAUUAUCCAUUUAAGUUAGCAUGAUUCUAAGGUAUUAUCCAUUUAAGUUAGCAUCACUUUAAUGUAUUAUCCAUUUAAGUUAGCAUCAUUCUAAGGUAUUAUCCAUUUAAGUUAGCAUCAUUCUAAGGUAUUAUCCAUUUAAGUUAGCAUCAUUCUAAGGUAUUAUCCAUUUAAGUUAGCAUCAUUCUAAGGUAUUAUCCAUUUAAGUUAGCAUCACUCUAAGGUAUUAUACCAUUAUAAGAUAUAUUUUAAUGAUAAUAUAGAAUAAAUCCCUACUUCCUCUCGAGGAUUUAAUUCCACUGAGGUUCCACUCUUGUAUUUCUCAUUUUCAAGUUGUAUCAAGUUGUAUCAAGAUGCAUUAAGGUGUAUUAUUCCUAACAUCACAUAGAAUAAGACAGCUAUAGUUGUAUUUCUAUCUUAUUUAGCGUAUAUAAUAUAGAUUUACCAAAGUAAUAUG